AUGUCGAAACAGGCCAUAGCAGCAGCGCGUCAAGUCGGCCGCGAGCUGCACGGCGUCGUUGUGAGCGCCGGCCUCAUGCAGAAGACCGUCAAGGUGCGCGUAGGCGGCCAGCAAUGGAAGCAGGCUGUCCAAAAGAUGUUCACGAAGCCCAAGAACUACCUUGUCCACGACCCCAACUCCUCCCUCCGCACAGGUGAUGUUGUAUCCAUCGUCCCUGGAUGGAGAACGUCUCCUCACAAGCGCCAUGUUGUCAAAAACAUUAUCGCACCCCAUGGCACACCUAUUUCGGAGCGACCACCGAUCCCGUCCGAGGAGGAGAGAAUCGCAGCCCAAGUACAAAAAAGAGAGGCAAAGGUUGCAAGACGAAUCUUAAAAAAACAGGAGGGCUCCACGGAAACUGCCACAAGCCAAGCGUGA